CAUGUGUGGAUGAAUGUUGAUUGAUCAAUCAACAAGGAGCCGAUCGAAGGUCUGAGUCAAGUGUGGCCUAGCUAGGGUAGGCCUAGGACGGAAGCUUUGUUCUUUUGUAGCUGGGCCUAGAUCUUGGUAAAUUUCCGUGUAUUUUGUUAACAAUCUGAAUGGAUUUAUUCAAAUCAGGAUUUGCAGGGGCAGGGAAGCCUAAGGAAUUAGUAACUCCUCACAAAGUAUCACUUUUAGUUCUCAUUAAUGCGUACUCGGAAGGAGACCAAGAGAAGGUCGCAUUGGAAGGAGGAGGAGUUGGCGGCGGUGAGGGUAAAAAAUGGAACAUUCAGACUAGCAGAGAGUUCGCAAAAUGUAUGCUGAAAUGGAUUCAGAGUUCCGAUGUUGAUUUAGAAGUGUUUGUGCCGAAGGUGCAAGGUAUUCAUGCAGACCUAGCUAAUACAUUACUUACAAGUUGGGAAAAGUUCAUAAGUGAAGGGUUGUCAUCGAUGGCUGAUGUUUUUGUUGCAGCGGGUAAACUGCUAGAAGCAUCGGAAAGUGAACCAGUUGUACACAGAAACUGUAUCAUAGGUCUUUUCAUUAGGCGCAUGAUACUAGCCUUUGAUCAGUUAUCAUUCAAUACAGUCUGUAAACUUUAUAAAAACCUCAAGAAAUACUGUUUACAAGGCAAGCAACUGUUCAUUGCUGAAAAGACUAUGGCCACAGGAUUAGAGCAUGAUUUGUCAUUGAGUGGUAUUUUCUCACAUCGUCAAGCUGAAUUCUUUAUGUCAGAGCAGGCUGCCCUCCUUCAGAAUGAAGAAUGCAAAGCAAUGCCUCCUCACAAACUCCAAGAACAUAUUGAUGAUCUUACAAAAAACAACCCAGAAUUACCUGCAACACGAUACCUUUCAUUUCUGAACUACUUGCGCAUCAAUGAGUAUUGUGGAGCUGUUCAUAGUCUGUACAACUACUUCGAUCGGAUAUCAUCCCCAAACACUAUGAGCAACAGCAGUGAAGAGUUUAGCCAAAGCUAUCGUUAUGCUGCCCUCAAUUUAGCUAGCUUACAUAGUAGAUUUGGCCACAAAGAGGAAGCACUUCUAACUUUAAAAGAAGCUAUCAGAAUGGCUCAAGAAGCAAACGACCCAGUUUGCCUUCAACAUGCUUUGGGUUGGUUAUAUCGACUAGAAGGUGUAGAUGGGCCCAAUUCAACGCUGUUACUGGAGAGAGCUGUCACAAAAUCAGAAGAGCUUAAUUUACCUUAUCUAACCUCACUUGGAGUGAUCAACUUUGCUCAACACAAAGCGCUGCAUAAAUUACAGCCAGCAAAGGUAAUGGAAUAUUUGUCAAGAAGCAAUGCUAUUAACUGCCAUCAUAACCAACCUCAGCUGAUGUCAGUCAGCCUAGCCCAGCAAGCUUCCCUUUGGUCUUUGUAUGGCUACAGUUCUUUGUGUUCCUUACACACACAGCUUCUCCUCGGCACCAACAACUACUCAUCACAAUCAGUGAGUGCAUUCAACUUAGAUAGUGAGGCAGUGUGUGUGUCUUUGUGCCAUCAAGCAAUUCUGCACCUCCACGAUGGACUCUACCAAGCUGCGCUACAGAUACUAAAAUUUGCUGAGUCUAAAUUCCCUGAAUCAUCUCAACAAUCUAAGUUAUGGAUGCUUUGUCGUUUACAAGUUAAUUUUGAGAUGGCAAUGCACAAGUGUGAGAUUGCAAAAGCUGAAGAAGUUCUUAUCAGUAUGGCAUCUCUCAGCCAAUCGGAAGCCAUGUUCAGGAAAGUGAGUCUGCUAACAAGGAAACGAGAAACAACCAAAGCAUACAGUUUAAUUUAUGAGAUUAUUGAGAACUGUAAAGCCAGCAGGGAAGGCUUUACAGCAGAGGUACAUGCAAAAACACUGUUGCAGCUGUCGCAGCUUUACUGUUCUAGCAACGACUUUACCUCCUCGUUACCCCACCUGCUUGAAUGCAUCGCCCUUUCUCAGGAGAAUUUCUUUAAUCAUACAGAAAUAUUGGCCAAGAUUCAACUAGCUCAAAUACAGCUUUACCUAAAGAUGCCUCAUCAUUCCAUUCAAGUACUUGAUGAAAAGAUUGCACAAGUGCUAGCACAAGGUUCACUAUUUGAAAGGAGUAGUUCACUGUUUUUCUUGGCUAAGUGUAUGGUUGCCAGUAUAUCAAACACAAAUCUUGAUAAAAGGAAAGCAGCACUUGGAACAGCUGUGGGAUUACUGAACUUAGCAGCUGACGGAUUUACCAAGUUACAAGCUGAAUACAGAAUCAAAGAUGUAAUGUAUUUACAGGCUCAAAUGUAUCAUGAACUUGGCUACACUUCGGAGCGUAACAAAUGUGCCCAAAGAUUCCGUCAACUUGAUCAACAGUUUCCAACUGCUUUAAUUCCACCUAUUGCAGUUCAGUAGAGUGCUAUUGGAAAAGCAACUGCACAGCAAAUGUCAAUAAUAUUUCUGCCAACUUUAACCAAAACCCAGAUUUCCAUUUUCGGUUUUCAACAGAUUUUGAGCUGUCACAGAUCUGAGCACAAUAGAACAUGAACUUUUGUAGACUAUCAGUUACAUAGCUGAUUGCAUAUUGAUUUCAUGCACUUAUGCCCGUAUUCUUAUAACGAAAUACUAGUUGUAGUGUUACUCAAAGUUUUUUUAAGAAUAUGAAAUGAUGUGAUUUUUAAGUUUUCGCUUAAACUAUGACCCAUUUUAAGAAUACUGGGGUUGAUAUCGAAAUUAAUUGAGAGAAGAUAUAUUUAAUAACUUUGCUCUCUCUGUUGUUUCUAAAUUUUCCACCUUAGGAUAUUAAUUAUUAAUGAUUAAUUAUUACUAAUCAGUUAGUAAUAAUUAAUUUGUAAUUGAUAAUUAAACUUUAUAUCUCCACCAUUACAUUUCAUACAGGGAUUUGUACUGCAUACUGACCAGUAAACCUAAGUGGAGGCAAAUGUUGAUGUAAACAGGAUUGUAAUACUUAUGUAUGAUAAUAAAUAUAAUAUCAUAAGUUUAA